GCUCUGCCCACCUCUAUUUAUGCUUUGAUCCAGGCCUUCGUCCAUCAAAUGCAGGCAGCGUGAACGAUCGGGCACCAUUUCUUUUACUGCUCAAAAUGCCCACCUUUCAGGCCAAGCCGCUUGGCCGGCGACCAUCGCCCUUUAGCCGCUUCGUGCCGCAUGUGCGAAAUCACCCUGUCCUCUUCUUCGGCCUUCCGUUCGUCCUCACCAUCGUCGGGGCCUCGUUUGGGCUGAGCAGACUUACACAGACCAGGUACGACUACAAUGCACAGAAAGUCUCGACGCUCAGCAAAGAAGAGGAGCUGAACAUGAAAAAGGACAGGCGGAGGAUCGACAUCCGUGAAGAGUACUAUAAACUGCAAGCCAAGUCAGACGAGCUUGACGACUGGGAACCAAAGCGUAUAAAGCGUCCAGAAGGGGUUCCAGAAUGGGGGGUUCCGGCGAUGAACCUGUCAGACAAAGCCCUGGAACCGCGAGAUUACUCACGGGUAAGAUCAGUUCUAGAGGCCUCCGAAGGGGACGGAAAGGGCUCUGAAAGAUCUGAAGGCGAUGAGAAGCCACUACCCGCGGGUAUGUCCCGAGGCAGAAACGGGGUGGUACUUGGGCCCGACGGUAAGCCAUGCAGAGCUUGCAACAGCAAGUUGGCUUUCUCUCAAGCUAUGAAGACGACACUUCCUGGUGCCGCCUCUUUUAAGGAAUCUACCAAAGCGCUCAAGGCCAAGACAAAAACAGCAGAAAGGAAGGUGGAAUGCCCACCGGACGGCACGGAGCUUGGGCGUUCCACAUGGACAUUCCUGCACAGUGCUGCAGCAUACUACCCCGACAAACCCAGCCUUAAGCAUCAAAAUGCCAUGCGUGAGCUAAUGCAUUCCGUCAGUUUGCUAUAUCCCUGUGCACCGUGCGCAGAAGCCCUUCGGGACGAAUUAGGGCGAGAUGCUCGUGAAGGCGGCUGGGAGGCAAAAGAGCUCACGCUCGAGACGGCGAUCAGUAGUGGGCCCCAGAUACGAAGGUGGCUGUGCGGCAUUCACAACGAGGUCAACGAGCGCGUAGGCAAGCAAAAGUGGCAAUGUGAUGAGAAGACUCUGAACGAGCGCUGGAAAGACGGUCCGAAUGAUGGUCGCUGUGAUUAGGGGGCGCUGGGCAAGCAUUGGCACUGAAGACUCUCUCGUCCACUCCAUCUCAAGCAAUAUUCCAAAAGCAUAAAUUACUAAUUUUGCAAGCUGUAUUUUACGUUCGCAACUGCAUC